CUCCUCCUACUGAUCACAUGUCGCCACCAUCACCCCGUGGGUACGACGUCGACCACGACAUCGGUAGUCCAUCUCCAUCUCCAGCGCCGCCGCCUCCGCCCACUAAGACUCGGAAUGCACCCAGCCGGAAGCGUUUCAAGAGUCCUGUCCCCAAGAAGUCGCCCCUCCCAAAAGUACCAAAGGUUCCUCCCCCCCGUCCUUACGAUCGUACCCCGGAGGAAAAUGAUGCCAUUGUUAAGAAAUACAAUUAUGAUUUUUUUCAUAAGCCAAAACCUCCAGCGCCAGAGCCAUACACAGAGAAGCAAAUAGAAUAUGCUACUAGUUUUCUGAACACACCAUCGCAGUAUGAGUUACACGAGAAGAAGGAUGACUAUACACGCACUCUUGCGAAGGUAAUUGACCAAAAGAAGGAUGAAAAGGCUAAGGAGAAGGACAUUGCUGGCACGAGCAAAUCAUCAGCUAGAAGUGCAGAUGAGAAAAGGUCAAGUUCAACAAGUGCACCCCUCAAGGCCAAGCAAACGACAAAAGGCAAAAAGAGAAAGGAAGUUCCCCUCCUCGGUGCUCAGCCCAAACAAUCGAUCCCAGCACUCAAAGUGUUUAAUGUUCCCAAGGUGUACCUAGAACAUGGUGGUGGUGUCAAUAUGGAUGAAGCUGCAACUCUAGCGGCUCAAUGUGGAGUUACCGUGGAGGAAUUGUUUGGUGCCGCAGAUGCUGCACUACCCACUGCUGAUAUAGCUCCUAAAUUUGUCUACGGGGCCGACUUGGUCAGCAGAGAGCAGCUGCAUAAACUGCCAACACAUAUGCGGAAUUUGCAUCAGUGGUACCUUGAUGCAUGCAAGGAGAAAAAAAUGUACAUCGUGGCGAGUAUACCAUGGGAAUAUUACUACCGAAAGGAGGAGAUCCAUAUUGAGAUGAAUGAACUCUGGCAGUUAUUCAAUCUAGAAGCCCUCGACAAAUCUCUCAUGAGUUGCUAUUGCUUACUGAAGAUCAGUGAGUGCAAAAGUAAUAAUAUUAUCAAUGUUGGGUUUGUUGACCCAGAUAAAAUACAUGUUGAAACGGUGAAGCAUAAACGCGAAGAAACGGGGGGAAACCUACUAAGGUUUUUGGGGCAGCAAUAUUUCUGUGAUUCAAUAUUGUUUCCUUACAACUACGAGUGAGAGUCUUAAUGAUCUUUUAUGCACAUUCAAUUUUUCUUACUCGAUGUUAAGUGUAAUUCCUGACGUAUAUGCAUAACAUGUGCAGCUUCCACUGGAUUCUA